UAAAAGGGUUCGGCCGUCUGGUGGGACUCUGUAAUUUGUUUUACGUGAAGACGGAGAGAUUAUUUCGGUAAUGGAGCAUUUUUAAGCUCUGUAAGCGCUUUCGGAUACGUUCGAUGGAGCCGUAUUUUUUAAUAUCAUUCCCGAUAUCUCCAAGACACGUUCGGAAAUUUCCAAUUAUCUAUUGACAACACCCUGUAUAUAUUUCUUCCCGUGGCAAUAAAAACACGCCCGUGUUCAAAAUAACCUGACGCGAAGGGGUGGGGUACGCGAUCAGUCCACCAAGCCGGCCGAGGAGUCGAAUUCUGUUAUCUCCACCGGCGGGGGGUGGGGGGCGGCCCCACCUGGCUGCGCGCGCUCGCCCACCUGGCGGCGGCGGCGGCGGCGGUGUCGACGACGAACAGUCCGUCUGACGACGUAAUAGCAUCUGUAACGACGACAGUAACAGCAGCAAGAAGAAUAAAAGGGGCCCAUCGUCACACAGAAACGCGACUGUACACCGCUGAGAGACACCUACACACGCACCGCUCUCUCACCUGAGCGCCCCACCCCCACUUGACCCAACCACCACCGCCGCCGCCGCCGCCGCCACCGCCGUCGUCGUCGUCGACUAGCAUCGACGACGCCGUCUGUCUCAGUCGAGUGUUUCACACGGUAUUACGUGUUCAGGUCGAAGUAGUCGCGUUCUCUCUGCCCGCCCGUCGUCGCAAUUCACACUACACACAAACACACACACACACACACACAGGCACGCAGAAACACGGAGAGACGAAACAGAACGCGCGAUAGCGAGUAGUGUGCUUUUUUGGUGGUGUCGAUUGUGUUUCGUCCGUUUUUCCGUCUCGUUGGAAUCGUGGAGGCGCUGACCGCCACCAAAAGAGGCAGGCACCCUCCGCCGUCGUCGGUAGACACGCGGGCACCUGCCGCGACGCCGCCCCCGUCAUUUAAACGUGCCAAGCACGACGGUGCGGGCCUGAACCACCACGAUAAUAUGGAAGCAGCCCCGCUAGCGGCCGUAGGUCUCAGCCAGAGCAUGGAUUCGGUCAACACGAAUAACGGCGAGGAAGAGGUGCGGACGCUGUUUGUAAGCGGCCUUCCAAUGGACGCGAAGCCUCGGGAAUUGUAUCUCCUAUUUAGGGCGUAUGAGGGUUACGAGGGAUCGUUACUAAAAGUGACGAGUAAAAAUGGCAAAACAGCGUCGCCGGUGGGAUUUGUUACGUUCAACACCAGGGCCGGCGCUGAAGCGGCGAAACAAGAUUUACAGCAGGGUGUAAGAUUUGACCCCGACAUGCCACAGACCAUCAGGCUGGAGUUUGCUAAAAGUAACACGAAGGUUAGCAAGCCCAAGCAACAAGCUGCUAACUCAGCCAACACGCACCCAACUUUGAUGCACCCCCUCACAGGACAUUUGGGCACGCCCUUCUUUCCCGGCGGUCCCGAACUAUGGCACCACCCGCUGGCCUAUUCGGCGGCGGCCGCCGCAGCCGCCGCCGAACUGCCGGGAGCGACGCUCCAACACGCGGCGCUCGUGCAUCCGGCAUUGCACCCGCAGGUCCCGCCAUCGAUGUCUUUGCCUCAUCCGACCGCGUUGACUUCGGUGCACGCGGCUCCUUCUCUGCCUCAUUUCCUGCCGAGUCCGACCCUGGCGUCGCCGGUCGGUUCGUCGUCGUCGCAGCCCGGACUGAACAACGCGCCCUGUUCGACCCUGUUCGUCGCCAACUUGGGCCAGUUCGUCUCUGAGCACGAACUCAAGGAAAUAUUUGCCAGCUUCCCCGGCUUCUGCCGCCUGCGCGUACACAACAACAAGCAAGGGAACAAUGGCACAGGGUCAUCGCCUGUCGCGUUCGUCGAGUACCGCGACGUAGGUGGCGCCACCCGGGUCAUGGCCCAGUUGCAGGGCUCCUUUCUGCUGUCCUCGGACCGCGGGCCCAUCCGAAUCGAGUACGCCAAAAGCAAAAUGGCGGCAGCAGAGGGAACAAAAGGAGAAGAAAAUUGACAAUCUAAACGCUUUCGUCCCGCUCAGCACUUGACAGAAAGCGACGGUAAAGGCUGGACAUUUUUAGGUGAUUCAGUGGACUGGAGAUUCGACUAA